UUUUCGUUCGAUCUUCCUGAUUCUCCCUAAUCUGGACGAGACGUUGUCCUGUUGAUCUCACCCUGACGUUUCGGAGAAAAAGAGAAGGGAAGAAGCAGAUCGCGACGCCAUCACCGCGUCGCCGACGCUCGCAGCACCAAAACCUCUUGAUUCCUCUCUUGCCUUCGUUUCUCUGAUCUAGUUUUGUCGGCAGGAUGGAACCCCUCACGCCUCACGAAGACCGUCGUCGAUCUAGAGAUUCAGAGGAAAAUGACGAUGGGGGCAAGCAGGGAUCGAGGGGACGGGACAAUGAGACUGACAGAGGCGAGAUGGGCGAUCCCGCAACAGAUCUGCCUCUCCCCUUCCGUCGUCGCUACCUCUCCCCUUUCCUCCCCAAAUCCCUAACAAUAUCGCAGCAUGUCUGCUUCUGCAGGCUCCACAUCACCCUCUCCCUCGGCCUCUUCCAACCCGUGUUCCUCGUCACACUGGUGUACAUCGUGAAAAUCUCCGUCAAGAAGAGCAUGCCUCGCGGGUCUUGGGCCAUCCUCCCCAUCUCCGCCACCCGCUUGCGCAUCCUCCUCCCCUAAUUAAUCCCUCCUAUUGAGGUAGGCGAAAGAUGAAGGGGAAAGGAAGGAACUCUAUUUCCAAUUAAUCCCUCCAAUAGAGGUCUGAGGAAGAUGAAGGAGAAAGGGAGGAAGAAGUUGAAGGGUUGGGAGAUGGGAUUCUGUUUUUCUUUCAUUGUUAUAAUUAUAGUUUUAUAAUUUAUACAAUUAAUAAUAAAUAAUUGGAAAAAUUGAUAAAAUAAUAAAGAAAAAUAUACAAGCUGACGUGUAAAUGUAUUUGCCACGUGAGAGUCAACUAACCGUUGACCGGACGGAAAUUUAACGAUUUGGCUAUUAAAUUGUUUUUGAAAAAGUUUGGUUAUUAUUUUGUUUUGAACGAAAAGGUUUGGCUAUUAAAUUGUAUUUACCCUUUAGUUUAUUUAUUUUUCAGUGAAUAAAAUUAUUUGAUAAAAUGAUCUAAUAUCCAUGUGGCAUAGUCAAACAUUUGACAUUUUUCCACUUCAUAAAAAACUAUUAACAUUUUGCCACAUCAGAUUCAACUAACGGUUGACCGGAUGGAAAGUUAACGGUCUGAUUAAUAAAUUGUUUUUUAAAAGGUUUGGCUAUUAUUUUGUUUAAAAUGAAAGGUUUGGCUAAUAAAUUGUAUUUACCUUAUUAUUAUGCAGGUGCAACAUAUCAGAUGCGGACUUCUUAGAUUCUAAAAAGGACACAUACAGAGAUUAUGGCUCUCCUGCUUUAACAUCACUUCUAGUAGGCGACCAUCUGUAAGGUACCAAUAUGCUAUUGAUGUUUAUUUCUGUUCACCAUCAAGCUGCAGCUUGUCUGGUAAUGUUUUGGGCGCGAUAUAUUCCUGUUGUGAUUAAUAGUAGACGGUGAAAGUAGGAAGUGCAUAUAGGGUCCCCGACGCUUAAAUUGAGAGAUAUUUGUGUUAGUCCAUAGAUAUGGUACCGGUUCUAAAGAAAUAGUUUAAUACCAAGACAAGUCUGGCAGCAGAUUCUGGACCAUAUUUCAAAAGAGUAAAAUUCAUAAGUUCAAUCCACCUUAACGUGGCACGGUAUGCAGAUCGUAAUACUACACCACCAAACUCAAAAUUGCUCCUUGUUCAUCAGUAUGCUAACGUCAGUACUUAUAUUGUUUUAAAAAAAAAAUAAGAAACGAAAGAAAAAGCCCAAAUAAAAAAAACACCUAAAUUUAUGGAAUAUCCACAGGUACUCGUUAUCCGCCCUGUAUAGAUAAUGGGUAUCCAUUAACCGUAUGAGUUUGAGACAUGGGAAGGAGUUCUCUCCAAAUGGCUGGGUACCCGUUUCAGACGAAACGGGUACCCAGUCUCAUCCUGCUGCCCACCCCUACUGAUAAAGAUAUUGUCUGUUUUAGGCAUACCACAAUACGACUUUGCACUUUUGUUUUUUGGGUGCAUUAUAAUGACAUCCUAGCAGGUUACCAAUCGUUACACGCUCCACACUAACCACUUUUAACUUCAGAAUUCAAAGAAUAACUCCUCUAUUUCAACAUAAAAUGGAUCUUGUAAAUUAAUGUUUGAUCGUCCUCUGUCAAUAAGAAUUUGUUCCGGCUCCAAUUAUUACCAUCCUUUGCAACUGCGUGUUUGCAUAUGUAAGACAUAUACUUGCCUUACUAACUAUUCUUUGUUAUAGAACCUUGAGGCAAAUACACAAAAGCAGAACUUGUUAAAUGCUAACGACAAGAUCAACUCUGUCACUCCUAUCUGCGGAGAAGAUUGGACCCUUUGGAGAAGAGCCCAAAGGCCAUCCUAAAUUAUAAGAUACACUAAUCAAGCUGGAUGACGGAAACGCAAUGAGGAAGUCACACCCUUGCUUUCGAAUGUAGAAAAACUUGAAAUCUGCCUGAUGCAAUAGAAGGGUAAAACAAAUUGUAGAGUGAAUCGAUGGUCGAAAACCAAGUACAAGAGAAUUAAAGCCUCGUUCAUUCGUAAAAACCAGUUCCCCACACUAGUAGGCUAUCCUAGUAUAGUAACCGAUCUCCACAUAACACCUAAGAGUUUCAAACUCAACAGCAUACAGUCACAGUGAAAGUGGGUGGUGGAAUAAUGAGCUCAGAAGGAAGCACUUUAUUCUUCGGCAUCAUGCUGCCAUGAGCUCACCAAAAUUUCGCAUGAGGAAAAUGGAUCCAGCAAACACUCCAAGAGCUCGUACCAGUUUCUGCACAUCAGGAAGGGUACGUUAAACAUAAUAGUAGCGAGGAGCAUAUCAAGGCAUAGGUCAACCAUGGUUGGAGCUCAAACACACGGAUUAUGAAAAGCAAAAUCAAGUACGAGGUCACCAAAAAAGGCACAGUUAUAAGACUGAUUGGAAAGUACAUGAAGCAUAAAUUGCAUCUGGAAUAACUUAAUUGGUCAAGAAUUGGAGGUUUUGAACUUGGUAAGGCUUGUUUAAGCUGUUCAACUUGUGUAAAAUGGCAUUCCCGGUAUCAAAUGAAUGACCAACACAGGAGCUUUUUAUCACUAUAGUCCCUAUCCAUGCAAGAAUCAAGUUUAGCAGUUCAUUUAUUUGGGCUCUGAAAGCACCUCUAUAAGCUUCAUAAAAGAACUCCUCCAAGAAGCUUUCUCAGAGGGGCGUAUACUACAAAAUAUCCUGCCCUUUUGAUUGAAAUAUAACCAUUUUGUAACUUGAAAUAUAAUUUCUGACUCUUUAAGAUUCAAAUUUCCGUUCACGCACUGAUCUUCCCAUCUCCAACAUUAAAUCAGGAGGGUGAGGUAGGCAAAAGCAUGGUCUUGGCACCUAAAAUGGGAAUAUGGAACCUCACCAACCACUGCAGCAAAAUGUUCCCUUGAAUAUAUUUACCCAACAAAUCCUAUUUCCAAAGUACGACUUCUAUGAGCAAUAGAUAACACAACAACAACGACAACAAGAACAAGAACAAGAACAAGAAAGAAACACUCUUCAGACGCCUAAGAAAAUAAAGAACUCGGCCAAUACACAUCUAUUAUGUCAAAUAAAUCAUUAAACGUGUUCUUCGUCCAUCUUAACAUUCUUAUUCAGCUUGCAAAUUGAGACAAUAAACUUGACAUAUAACU